GUUGACGAAAUAUACAGCAAGGAUCAGGAGAGAAUAAAAGUAAACUACCAGCUUGAUAAGAUAAAUACUGAGAUCAACAGCAUUCAAAACCAAAUAAAGGAAGCAUACAAGUCUGGAAAGAAAGAUGAGGCACUAGUUGAAAAACUAAAAGCAAUGAAAAUCGAGCCAGAAAAUAGAAGAGACCAGCUGAAGGGCUGUGCUACGAACCUGAAGAGCGAGAUAGACAAACUUGUGUUUGGUAUUGGAAAUAUUCUGGAAGAGUCGGUUCCGAUUUGUAAGACAGAUGAUGGGAAUGUUGUUGUUAGGACACAUACUGGAUUUAGAAAGAUACCUGAGAGCCCCAAAAGCUAUGCCGAACUUAUGAAGUGCUAUACAAACCCAGAGGCUGGCGCUGAAGUGUUUGGGCACAGAGGAUACUUUUUGCAAGGUAAAAUGGCAUUACUGGCCAGAGCCCUCAAGAACUAUGCCAUUGAUUUUCUGGUUUCAAAGGGAUAUGAGUUCAUCCAGCCGCCUGUAAUGAUGAGAAAAGAUGUUAUGGCAUUAACAUCGCAGUUGAGCGAUUUUGAUGACCAACUAUACAAAGUUGAGGAAGAUCUAUAUUUGAUUGCUACAUCAGAGCAGCCCCUUACAGCCUUGUUUAUAAACAAGAAAUUAACAGAAAGUGACCUUCCAAAAAUGUUUGCUGGAGACUCACUUUGCUUCCGGAAAGAAGCAGGUGCAUACGGAAAGGACAACGCAGGUAUUUUCCGUGUGCAUCAAUUUGAGAAGAUUGAGCAGUUUGUCAUUUGCAGUCCCGAAGAAUCGAAGCAGAUUCACGAAAACCUUGUUAAGCAAUGUGAAGAGUUUUAUCAAAGCCUUGGACUGAGCUAUCAGAUAGUGCUGAUCUCAUCCGGGGAGAUGAAUGAUGCAGCGGCCAAGAAGUACGAUCUUGAGGCCUGGUUUCCCAACUCUCAGAAAUUCCGCGAACUUGUUUCUGCUUCAAAUUGCACAGAUUAUCAGUCAAGAAACCUUAAUGUUGGGUAUGGUUUUACAAAAGAAAAUGAAAGACAAAGCUACGUUCACAUGUUGAAUGCAACACUCUGUGCUAUUCAAAGGAGCCUUUGUUGUAUUGUUGAGAACUAUCAGGAGGAAGACAGGAUUUCCGUGCCGGAGGUGCUGAAGAAGUAUACGAAUUUUGAUUGCAUCUACCUGUAA